GCCAGCACAGGCACGCCUCCGUGCGUGCGGAGGCCUCCCCGGCGUGCGCGCGCCUUGGGGGGAGGCGGAGCAUGAGCUCCGCGGAGUGCCACAUACGCCACCUCAUCGAGUCCGCUGCCAAGCAGCGGUCGCACCAGCUGAUCGACGAUGCCUUCGCGCUCAUCGAGGAGGGCUUCGACCGCUUCUCCUGUGAGUUGUCGCCGUCGCUCCUCGUCACCUUCGCCGAGGUCGCCAGCGACCUCCGGGAGCGUGAGGCGGCUGUGGCGAGGGCGCUGGAUCUCUACGACGCCCUGAACUGCGAGGAGGACCAGUUCAAGGUGCGCGCGCUGCUGGUGCGUUGCGUGGUCGAGGCGCGCCUGGGGUCGGAGGGCUGCCAGCUGAAGGGGCCCCACCUGCUGCAGCAGCUGCGGUAUGCGCUGGGUUUCCUGAUGCAGGCGUUGGGCAUCGCAACCAAGCCUGGCAACGACGCCAGGUACGGCUUUCUCGUGUACAACGCGUCCUUGGUUUUCUGGGACGUUGUGAGGCCGAUGUGCCGCGUGGGCUGGCAGCGCCACAUAGUCGAGGAGACCACGGAUGUGCUCGAGAAGCUGAAGGUGGUCUCGCGUGGUGCCGGUGGCGCUUCUAGCGGGAAGGACGCCAAAGGCGGCGGCAGCGCUGCUGUGAUACCAUGCCCGGUCAACCCCGUGUGGCUGGUAGAGCUCACGUUGAACUUAGCCUUUGGACUCGAGGAUGCUGGCAAGCCCGACGGCGAGGUCCAGAAGAGGGCGGAGGAGGCCAGCCAGUUCCUGGCCGAGGCGCUGAAGCUGAACCCGGACCUGGAGACCUCGGAGCCGCGGCUAAAGUCCCUGGUGCUGAGCGCCCGCGCCCACUUCGCGCGGAAGGCGCCGGGCAAGGCCAAGGAGGAGAUAGACAAGGCCAGUGGCAGCACGGUGGUGGGCACAGUGCUCUUCGUGCGCAACGGUGGCAUCACCAAGGAGGCCAGCGAGGAGGAGCUCAUCAAGGCCUGGACGGCCACCGACAAGGACUUCGACCUGCGCGCGGCGCGGGACGCGUUCGACCCGUACGCCCAGGCGUCCAAGCACCGCGAGAAGGUCGGCUUGACGCCCAGCCAGGUGAUCGACCUAUGCACGGUGCUGCGCGCCGCGUGCUCGACAGAGCGCUGGAAGCUGGCGCUGGCGAUGCGGGAGCGCCUCCUGAAGUGCAACGUUCCGCCGGGUCGCGGUCGGGUCCUCCUCGACAUCGCGAAGUGCGAGUUGGAUGUGCACCAGGCGUGCACGCUGAAGCACGAGGACCCAGCAACGAAAAUGCUGCUCGCACCCGAUGCGCAGAGGCGUCUCGAGCUCGAGGCAAGAGUCAAAGCCGUUCGCCUGUGCGAGCAGUGUAUCAUGACGGCCCAGCGCAUCAACGAGGUCGAUCUGGUGGAGGAGUCUGCCUGCGCGAUGUGGAACAUCGGCCGGGAACUGAUGUUCGCGGAUCAGCGCGUGAAGAUACGCCAGUCGUUGUCAAGGUGUGCGGAGAUCCUCGACGAAGUGAAUUCGGUGCGGCUGAUGCAGCUGCGCGUCCAGCUCCACUUCGAGGUGGCCUGCUGCGAGAUCGCCCAGGAUCUGCUGACCAAGGGCCAGCAGGAGCUGAGCCGGGCGCAGGCUCUCGACUACACGGUGCAGGAGAGCGAUCUUGCGGAGCCCAGCAAGAAGUACCUCGCGGAGAAGCAGGAGGUCGACCUUGCACCGUACGUCCGGCGUUUCGAUGCGCAGAUCGAGGAACGGAGCCACCUGCUGCGCUGGAAGCAGAGCAUCUACGAAGACCCCACGGACGUCGUGGACCAGGUGACGCUGACGCUGGACCAGGCGCAGAAGAAGGGGGCCAAGUCCACCUUCAAGAUGCUGGUGCUGGGCUUCGGCAAACUCGAGACGGCACUGGAUGCGCUGCGCGGCGAGAAGCGGGAGGCGAUGAAGGGCACCUUCGUGCCCCCCCCGAGGCACAUCACCUCGGCGGAUGCGCUGAGCCCGCUGCCCCACCACGCCCCGGCCACCGUGCGGGUGGGCGGCCAGGCCGACGCGCAGGUGCGCGACCUGCGGCCGCGGAGCGAGCAGGAGGAGGCCGUCGAGAGGGCCAAGAAGGUCGUGUCGCUGAUCUGCCGCGUGGGGGUGGAGGCCUUCCGCGCCGAGCAGUACGACUUCGCCGUGCGCGCGUGCGACCGCGCCCUCGAGGCCGCCGCGGAGGUGCACUUCGGCCCGCCGCCAGUGGAGGCCGAGGGCGCGAUCCUGCUCGCGGAGGCCGCGUACGUGAAGGCGCAGUGCCUGUCGAAGGGUCUCGCGGACCUCGGGGUCAUCAACGGCAUCGACGACGAGAUGGAGGAGGAGGACGAGGACGAGGCUGCCGCCAAGGUGGACGCGGAUGGCGCCGAGGCUUGGAGCGACGGGGAGGAGGAGCCCAGGCUGACGGCGGAGCAGCAGCAGGCCGCAUCGGGCAAGAAGCGCGCGCUCAUCGAGGCGCUGCUCCUAGGCAUCGAGAAAAGCCACGAGUUCGAGCAGUGGUGGAUGGUGGCCAACGGGCUGGCGCUCUGGUGGAACCUCCAUCUCGAGCUGGUCAGCCAAGCCCACGAUCAGCCCAAGCUGCUCAAGCGCGCGCUGCCCGAGUACGGCGAGGGCCUGAAGCGCCUGCAGAAGUACCUGCACGGCGAAGCCGCCCUGCCGCGGGGGGACUUCCAGUCGCUGCUGGCGGCGCACCUGCUGCUCGCCCACGUGGACGCCAGCCUCUCGGCCGGGCAGCUCGGGGCCCUGGAGACGGAGCAGCUCCUCGUGGUGAAGAGGCUGGAGCCCAGCGAGAGGAAGAUGGUGGUGGCGAGAGUGACGGACCUCUGCAAGGCCAGGGGCAAGCCCCUGCCCGAGCUCGCCAGGCUGAGGCCGGAGCGCCUGGAUGCCACGCCUCCAGCCGGCGGCAAGGAGGAGAAGGGCAAGAAGGGCAAGGACGCGCCAGCAGCCCCCGUGCAGGCGCAGGACAAGAGCGACCUGCUCGGCCAGGAGGCCGACGUCAUGCAGGCCGUCAUGAGCAUCCCGCACGCCCCCAGCGCGGACGAAGCAAGGAAGCUCGUCGACCAGGCCGUCCAGAUCCUGAGCGGCUGGGAGCCCCGCCAGAACGACGAGGCCGCCCUCACGCUCUGGGUGGAGCUCUGGACCCGCCUGGGCCGCAAGUGCACGGAGAAGCCCAUGCACCCCAACGUGGGGGCCAAGUACGCGCUCAUGUGCGGCAUCAAGGCCCUGGGCGACAAGGACGCGCCGGCGCCCAAGCACGCAGCGAAGCUGCGGCUCUCGUGGACCGGCGCGGCGCACGCCCUCUGCGGGGACGUCUUCGCCCGGCUCGUGGACCCACAGAAGCAGGAGAAGGACAGCAUCGCGAGGCUCCGCAGCAUGUCCGUCGAGCAGUACCAGCGGUGCUGCGAGUACGCCCAGGCCACCCGGAGCACCCAGCUGGCGGUGAAUGCCGCCGCGAACCUCUGGAACGUCGCGCUGCCGAUGCUCCUCUCGGCCGAGACGCGGCAGCUCCUCCUCGAGCCACUCCAGGCGGCCGCGCGUGCGCUCGCCGGCGUGGGGUGGAGCGACGACCCGCACUUCCUGGUGGGCAUCUACCAGGCGAUCUUCGAUGGCUACAGCGACGCCGGGCGCUGGGACAGGAUCCACGAGGUGCUGAACGAGGCCUUCCAGGCUGUACCCGUCACUGGGCAGCGGCAACUCUGGGCCAUGCGGAUGCUGGCCCUCAGCCGGCAGGGCAAAAACAUCGCCGUCGCGAUGGGCAAGAUGAAGGAGACGCAAGCGAAGCCGCAGGCGAAGAUCUGGCUGACCCUCGCAGAUGCCAGUUCAAAGCGGUCUGACCAGUUGGACGCCUACAGCAAAGCCAUCGACAUCCUCCAGGAGGCGCAGCAGCCAGACGUGGUGGAGGUGAGGAUGCAGUUUGCGGAUUGGCUGCUGCGCAACGGCUUCGGACCUGGGGACGCGCUGGAUCAGUUGGCCGCCGCGGCGGACAUCCUGCUGGACGUGGAGCCCGACAUGGACGAGGACAACGACGAAACUGACGACGGCCAGAGCGAGGCCUCCAGGUCCACAGGCCGCAGCGGCCGCAGCGAGGCGCGGACGAGGAAGACCCGCGGCAGCGCCAGCAGCCGCCAGGGCAGCAAGACCAGCGCCGUCGGCAGCAGGGGCGCCGGCACGAAGAGCACCGGCCGGAAGAGCGCCGGCAGGCGCACCGCCACGCUCUCCUCGAAGAAGAGCAGCGCCAGGUCGAGCAGGAUGCGCAGGCAGACGGACGAGGACGCGGACCUCCCCGAGCAGCUGUGCUCCCACCACUACGACGCGCUGUGCCGCAUCUACGCCAUGCGCGGCAGGCUGACCGUGGGGCCCGACAUGCACGGGGCGCUCCUGAGCGCCGCGCGCUUCGCCGUGCGCUUCUUCGCGAGCACGGUGGAGCUGGCCAACGCCUGUGCCCGCCAGCUGGCGGCGGCCAUGCCCGAGCCAGCGCUCGCGGGGGAGCAGGGCGAGGGGUCGCAGGCGAUCUCGUCGAGGAGGCCCAGCAAGGUCAGGAAGAGCCGCACCAGCGUCGUGGGCACCACGGUCGACCCCGACAAGGUGGCGCUGGUGAACAUCCUGCCUUCGUUUGCCGUGCCGGCCAGGCUCUCGGAGUGGGCCUUCCCGCACCAGUGCGCGUGGAGCAUGAACGGCUCGGCAUUGCCGCAGAUGAUCGCCCAGGCUGAGCAGGAGGGCAUGCUGCCGGCCUCCGUCAGCACCUGGGUAGGCCACCAGGACGCGUUUACGCAGCCGACCCUGACGUUUCACUUGUCCGUGCAGCUCCAAAGCGACUUGGAGGAGCAGGGAUACCAUUUGUGGGUGCUGCCAGUGGUAUCCCUUCAGCUGAAGCUGGCCGAGGCCUUCGACGACCCGGUGCGCAGUGCGGUCUCGUGCCUUGCCCACAUGCGCUUGAGCCGCGUCGCGCAGGAGUGCGGCAUGGCGGGCGCCGACGCCGCCGCGAGGGAGAAGUGGCAGGCAGCCGUCCACCUCAUACCCGACAGCUUCGGCGGCUUCGAGGAGGAGCUCGAGCAGGUCCGCAGCCAGCGCGCCGGCAGGGCCAAGGGGGGCGCCGGCGGCCUCGACCCCGCGUGGUCGGAGGGGGGCGGUGGCCACGGCGACCCUGGCCGGCCGAGCUGCGCCUGGCUGUGCAGCGAGCUGCACACGUACGAGGUCUGGGCGGAGCUCGCGCGGGAGUGCAUGCUGCGCGGGGAGCUCUGGAUGGCCUCGAGGCUCUCUGACGAGGCGAUCCGCCACGCGCGCGUCUACGGCGACGGCCGCACUCUGCGGGGCUUGCUGAUCACCAGGGCACGCCUGGCCUGCAUCGAGGGCAACAGCCCCGAGGUCAUCAAGACGCUCAAGGACGUGUCCACGUCGGACCCCCGCCAGCUUGCCGACGUGGCCAUCCUGCUAGCGGACGCUUACCAUCGGCAGCGGAUGCCUGUCGUCGUCGACGAGGUACUGAAGGAGGCCCUCAACGCCCUUGAGUCAUCCGUUGAGGACCCCGGCAUCACAGUCAAGAACGCAGCCAGGGCGGCGGUGCGGAGCCGGCUGCUGCACGCCGAGCUGGAGAAGCUGUGGCUCCCUGUGCCCGCGCAGAGGUGGAAGGCCGACAUGGGCUCGGCCUCCCUGUACCGCCAGAGGCUGCUGACGUGCAUCAGCUUCGUCGAGGCCCUUUUGGAGCUGAUCGAGGCCAAGCAGGCGCUGCUGCUGCGCGAGCCCGCGGCCGACGGGCUCGACUGCAGGAUGCUGGAGGGCUACGCCAUGAAGGCCUGCGAGUUCGUGCAGGCGAGCUGGGCGCAGCGGCGGCUGAUGCUGUCGCUGACGGAGCUGCUGGUCGCGCGCCUCGACGUCUGCCAGGAGGGCCUGUUCACCAUCGGCCCGAGCGUCGACAGGCACGAGGGGCCGGUCCUGGACCGGACGCUGACCGAGGAGCAGCGCGCGGCGACGGAGCAGGUCGCGGCGUGGCUCGACGACAUGGGCGAGCAGCUCGCCGCGGAGGAGAAGAAGCGGAGCCGGGCCCGGGAGAUGUCGGAGGCGGAAGUCUCCAUGGCCCUCGUGGCCAACGCGGCCUCCCUGAGGCCGCCCGGCGGCACCGCCGGGGCCGUGGAGCCCUCGGCCGCACAGGCGGAGACGCUCGUGGAGCUGGGGCUGCUGCAGCUGGAGCUGGCGCUGCUCCAGGCUCCGCGGGGCGCCACGGUGGCGCAGCGCUGGGAGCCGCCGGGGCCCGACCGGCACGAGCUCCACGGCAUGGAGGUCGCGGAGCGCUGCAGCAACGCGCUCGGAGGCCGCGACCCCGGCGCCGUCUUCUCCACGGCCGUGGCCAGCGAGGAGGCCGACGACAAGGACAAGGACAAGAAGGGCGCCGGCGGCAAGAAGGGCAAGGAGGAUGCCGCCGCGAAGGCCAAGGCGAAGGCCAAGGCGGCACCGGAGCCGCCGAAGGAGGAGGCGCCGCCGCCCGAGGAGAAGCCCGCCGAGGAGCCCCGGGCGGAGCCGGCAGAGGUCGACUUCGACCGGGCCGGGAAGGAGACCCUCUGCGCGGCUCUGCGGGCGGCGCUCGCGGCGCGCCGCUUCGGUGCCGCCCGCCGCGCGUGCGGCGCGCUGGCAACGCAGGGCUGGGGCGCGCACAACCAGGAGGCCACGUUCGAGUUCCUCGUGUGGGCGCAGAGCGCCGACGUGUGCGCGCGGGCAGAGGACGCCUUCCAGCUGCUGCUGCCCGAGGACCACCGCGAGCGCGCGCAGGCGGGCCUCCUGCGCUGGCUCGAGGGCGGCUGGCGGGACCCCGCCGCGGUGGACGCGUACCGCUCGGUGCGCAACCGCCUGCUGCUGGAGUCCCCGCUCUUCCAGAGGCUGCAGCUGCUGGACCUGCCGCCCAUCUCGGGGCUGCUGCUCUCCUACCUCCCGCCGCUGACGCUGGUGGUGACGCUGCAGCUCCACGGCGACCACCUCUACCUGGGGGCCGCCUGCUCCCCGCCGGAGGGGGAGCGCGCGCAGCGCCAGCAGCUGCCCCUGCGGCACCUGGCGAGGCGCUUCCAGGCCUCGCAGGCGGAGCUGAGCGCCUGCGCCCGGCGCCUGCAGGAGCUCCACGCGGCCAUCGAGAAGGAGCUCCUCGCGGCCCCGGAGCUCAGCGAGGCCCUGGCGGCGCAGCACCGCGCCGUGGUCGACGAGGCCGAGCGCGCGCUCCUGGCGCCCCUCGCGCGGGAGCUGGCGGUGGGCUUCUGGCCGCUCGGCGCCGGCCUGGAGCACCCCAGCAACCCCAGGCAGCUGGUGCUGCUGCCAGACAGCCUGCUCUGGGGCCUGCCCCUGGAGAGCUCCGCCGCGCUCCUCGGGCUCUUCGGCGCCGGGCGGCCCGGCGCCCUCAGCCGGGACUUCUCGCUGCACGCCGCCGCCUUCCGGGUGCGCGGCUUCGUGGAGCCCGCGCCCGAGAGCGAGCGGCGGCAGGUGCAGACAAAGAUCCCAGGCUUCCGGCCAUCUAGCACAGUGUUGCUCACCGACGCUUUCGACGAGGAUGCCCCUCAUGCGUCGGAGGACCCUCGAGCCGAGACUAUGUGCGCGUUCCAUGACCGACUGGUGGACAGCAAGGCGAUUGGAAACGGCGCGCGCAGCAUCCACGGACAGAAGUUCUGUGCCUCCCCCGCGGACAUCUCCGCCAUGCUCGCCGACUCCAGCGCCUUCCUCUCCCUGGGCUUCGGGCGCUUCUUCGCCACGAUGAGCGCCAGCGACUUCGCCUCGCAGAGCCUGAAGACCGUGUCCCUGCUGGCCCUGUUCUACCGCGCCGCCAACGGGGGGUCCUUCCGCCGGCAGGCCAAGAGCGACUCGCAGAAGGCGGCCCGGCAGCGCGAGCUGGAGAGCGCGUACGGCACGCCGCUGAUCGCGGCCUUCCGCGGCGCGCAGUGCACCGUGCUGGCCAGCGGCCCCGUGCCCACCGCGCUGAGCAUCAAGGCCCUCGAGAUCUUCGCGAGGGCGCUCGCGGCCGGGAAGGCGGUGGCCCAGGCCAUGGAGGAGGUGAUGCUCUCGCAGGUCGACGCGGACCAGCGGUACGUUCGCGCGCUGGGCAGCAGCGAGGCCCCUGCCAUCGCCCGGACGAAGACCAGGCCGCAGAAGCAGCAGGUGGAGAAGAGGAUCAGCACGGAGAAGCCCAGUCCCGGGGAGUCGGACACCGUGGAGCUCUUGCCAUGGCACACGCGUAGUGUGUAUAUGGUGGUGGGCGCCCCCUGGGUCAGCAGCGAAGAAGGUCCGGCUGAGACUGGCAAGCCUCCCAAGAAGAAGUGAGGGGCCGAGGCUUGGCUGGCGGCCACGGCUAGGCAGAGGAUCAGGUAUCUUGCUCCUCCUCCCAGCCCAUAUCCGCCCCCUCUUCUUUUGCUGCCCCACCUCACUUUGCCACUCCGCGGUUUCACACGUCCACUUGCACGCACUCUUCAGAGGGGUGCUGGCUGAAAAACAUUUGUCCAGCUGGCUUCUUGGAGAGAUGCGGGCAGUAGCAGCAGUUCACGCGGGCGCUUCCGACUGGCUUCAAGUCCCUUGAAAAUCUGGGUGGGGAA